UCCAAACCGAGCGUAGUUUGGACGGAUGAUAGCCAAAACCCUGGAAGCAACCCUAAAGCGUGGAAGUUCAAGCGUCUCAAUGGAAAUGGAAAUCGAUCCUCCGAAGAAGCCAGAAGUCGGAGCAGAAGCAAUCAAGAACGAUGACUUCUUGAAUGCCGCCGAAAAUGGCGACUCUUCCUUCUUCGAAGCUCUCUCACACGAUCAGCUUCUCAAAGCCCUCUCUCUCAGGAACGAAGAUUGCCGCUCGCUCCUCCACGUCGCUGCCUCUUCAGCUCACCCCAAGGUUGUGAAGAUACUAUCAGCUGCAGAUCCAUCUGUAACUGGUAUAAACAGUGCGGAUGAGGAGGGCUGGGCGCCACUUCAUUCCGCGUCUAGCAGUGGGAAUGUAGAAAUUGUGGAGAUUUUGGUCAGCAGUGGGGCUGAUGUUAAUUUGAAAAAUAAUGGCGGUCGUACUGCUCUUCAUUAUGCUGCUAGCAAGGGUUGGUUGAAAAUAGCUGAAAUUCUACUUUCACAUGGUGCAAAUAUCAAUUUGAAGGACAAGGUUGGAUGCACCCCUUUGCAUCGUGCAGCAAGCACAGGGAACUCAGAGUUGUGUGAACUUUUAAUUGAGGAAGGAGCUGAGGUUGAUGCUAUUGAUAAAGCAGGUCAAACUCCCCUAAUGAGUGCAGUAAUAUGCGAAAACAAAGAGGUAGCUCUCCUUCUGAUACGGCAUGGAGCGAAUGUGGAUGUAGAGGACAAGGAAGGUUAUACUGUGCUUGGUAGGGCUUCUGUUGAUCUUAGACCAAUAUUGAUUGAUGCUGCUAAGGCCAUGCUUGAAGAAUGAACUUUAUUACUAAUUGUGUUUAAAUGGUAACUCUGCUUAAGUGGUUCAAAGUCUCAACUAUUGAACUUUUUUUUGCCUGGAUGACAUCUCUGACUUGUACCAAAGAGGGUCCUGAAAAGGAAGUAACCUAACAAUUGAAGUGUUUUUGUAACCAACUCUGUAGUUUCCAAUUGGUCAAGAUAACGAAGCAUAUAUUUCAAAGGAAUGAAGCAGUACUCACACCUGUGUGAUGGAUGGUUUAAU